UCUCGCUUCUUAGAGCAUGGCAGUCUUCUAGCUGGGUGGGGCUGGUGUGUGGUGGUGAGGAAGAGGAGGCUCCUACCCCAACAGCCUUGCUGUGCAGAUCCUCACAGAAAGUCCUGGGCCUGCUGGGACCCAGGCUCCGAGAGGGAUGGGAGAGAGGCUCUCAGAGAAGACCAGCAGGAAGUCCGUGAGACCCUAAAGUCCACAGGCCCUCAGCUGCAUCUUCUCAUCUCCAAGGACUAUGUGGGUGCUACUCUCCUUGGUCACCUGCCUCCUUGCCACCAGUAAGGCCAGCCUCAUAGGUCGCUGUGAAUUGGCCAAGGUGCUGCAUCAGGCAGAACUGGAUGGGUUGGAGGGCUACUCCCUGAGUGACUGGCUGUGCCUGGCUUUUGUGGAAAGCAAUUUCAACAUAUCAAAGGUAAAUGAAAAUGUGGAUGGCAGCUUUGACUAUGGCAUCUUCCAGAUCAACAGCCACUACUGGUGCAACGAUUACAAGAGUCACUCGGAGAACCUUUGCCAUGUGGACUGUCAAGGUCUGGCCAAGCCCUCUAUAUCUGCCUUUCUCAACUGUGCGAAAAUGAUUGUGUCCGGAUCAGAGGGGAUGAAGAGUUGGGUGGCAUGGAGAUUGUACUGCUCAGACCGGCCACUCUCCUACUGGAUGACAGGAUGCCACCUAGAAUGACAGAGGGUGCAGGCCUGCUAUGGAGUCACUCGAGUCCUGGCCUUACCUGAGGAUUCUUCAUUUUGUCUUCUUCUUGUCUCCGCUUCAUGUUAAUUUCUUUCCAUCCCAUUUGCAAGUAAAACUGACCAGAGUCCCUAAAAUAAUGAUUUUCUUGAUUUUCUUCUUUGCUCCCACCCAGGCCCAGUCCUCAAGUUCCUGACUGUCAUUUGCAAACCAACAG